UGAACUGUUUGCUCUAUUCGCUGCAAAUUACACAGCAAAAAAAGCUGCACACGUUAGCUAGCUCCACCUCUCUCUCCUUAUAUUAACGCCAAAGCUCUGCCCACUUUCUUCAUCGUCAUCUUCAUCUCUUUUUGCUCUCUGUCUCAACCCAAUCAUUCGCGCUUCUUCGUUCUCUCUCAUCGAAUUCUCUCUCUAGACAUGAGGAACAUUGGUAGGAUGGGACUUCAUUAUUUGCAUAAACUGAAUGCUGCAGUUCCCAGUGAUUUGAUAAAGAAGGGCCAGGAUCGUGUUAUAGAGGCAUCCCUUACUCUAAUUCGUGAGAGGGCAAAGCUUAAGGGAGAGCUUGUCCGGGCUUUGGGAGGUGCCGUAGCAUCAUCAUCUCUUCUUGGAGUUCCUCUAGGACAUAAUUCAUCAUUUCUCCAAGGGCCAGCAUUUGCUCCUCCUCGCAUAAGGGAGGCAAUCUGGUGUGGCAGCACAAAUGCCACAACUGAAGAAGGAAAAGAAUUAAAUGAUCCGCGGAUUUUAACUGAUGUUGGCGAUGUUCCUGUGCAAGAGAUACGAGAUUGUGGAGUAGAUGAUGACAGAUUGAUGAAUAUUAUAAGUGAGUCCGUCAAGCUAGUGAUGGAAGAAGAUCCAUUGCGCCCUUUAGUUUUAGGGGGUGACCACUCAAUAUCAUUUCCUGUUGUAAGAGCUGUAUCUGAGAAGCUUGGUGGACCUGUGGAUAUACUUCACCUUGAUGCCCAUCCUGAUAUCUAUCAUGAAUUUGAAGGAAACAAAUAUUCUCAUGCAUCCCCUUUUGCUCGGAUUAUGGAGGGUGGUUAUGCUCGGCGGCUUUUGCAAGUUGGUAUUAGAUCAAUAACAAAAGAAGGUCGUGAACAAGGAAAAAGAUUUGGUGUGGAGCAAUUUGAAAUGCGGACAUUUUCAAGAGAUCGUCACCAACUGGAGAACCUGAAACUUGGAGAAGGUGUGAAGGGUGUAUACAUAUCAUUAGAUCUGGACUGUCUUGAUCCUGCAUUUGCUCCUGGGGUAUCUCAUCUUGAGCCAGGAGGUCUCUCUUUCCGUGAUGUUCUCAACAUACUCCACAACCUUCAAGCUGAUGUUGUUGCUGCAGAUGUGGUUGAGUUCAACCCACAGCGUGAUACUGUUGAUGGUAUGACUGGAAUGGUUGCGGCCAAGCUGGUAAGAGAACUGACUGCAAAGAUAUCAAAAUGAACAACUUUUUUGCAUCCAUGUUGAAACAUUCAGAUGUAUUAGCUUAUGUUUUCUUUAUUCACCCUUCGGUUUAAUGGAAACAGCUCUGAAGAAAUCAAAAUAUAGAUUUGCUCAUUCUGCAAUAAAAUAGCAAUCUUCUGUUACAGGUUGCUGGUGGGUACUUCGUACUCAUAUAAAAAGAGAAAAGAGAAGAGCUUAGCAAAGUGAACAAUGUUAUAAAGUUCUAUAUUCCUUUGUCUA